UGAUACCCAAAUAUUUGAGCCGUUAGACCUUAAAAAAAUUUAUAAAAUUGUUACUGUCGAUUUUAUUGCCAAUACCGGUGACGGGUUACUUCCAUAUCCUAUUCAAGAUUUGGUUCCUUUAGACAACCCAGACGUAGCACUAUCAAAUUAUAUUCAAGAUAAAAAAGUUGUUAGUCCAUAUUUAGACGGCCGUAUUCAAGAUAUUUCCCCUAUCACCGUUUACAGUACUUUAUCCCCUCAUGAACCUAUCCAUUUUGGUUAUUUUGACAAUGACAAAUUAAGUGAUAGUGUGGAAAUCAAGGUGAAAG